AUGAAGAGGACAAGAAGCGGUGCGGCCCACCAGCCUCUCAACCUCCGGCCUGCCGUCAUCGGCGUCGGCCGCAUCUUGGGCAUGGCCGUUUCGGCCGUCACGGCCGCGCCGCUGUCGACGCAGGGGGAGCACGCUGGCGACGACGCGAGGCACACCUCCGUUUGGGUUCUCGGCGUGGCCUCGAUGGCUCUCGUCCUGCUGGGUGGUGCCUUUGCCGGCUUGACCAUUGCCCUUAUGGGCCAGGACAGCAUCUACCUCCAGGUCGUCUCGGGCGACCCGACAGAGCCGCAGCAGAAGAACGCGAAGCGGGUGCUCAACCUUCUGCGGAGAGGAAAGCAUUGGGUCCUCGUCACGCUACUGCUCGCCAACGUCAUCGUCAACGAGUCCCUGCCCGUCGUUCUCGACCGGACGCUGGGCGGAGGCGUCGCCGCCGUCGUCGGCUCUACCGUCCUCAUCGGUGCGCCGGUCCCCCGGUCCCCUCUCCCUUUCCGUCGGCGAUCUAACGGCGGCGCAGUCAUCUUUGGCGAAAUCGUCCCCCAAUCCAUCUGCGUCCGGUACGGCCUCCCCAUCGGCGGGUACAUGUCCAAGCCCGUGCUGGCCCUCAUGUUCCUGCUCGGACCCGUCGCCUGGCCGACGGCGAAGCUCCUCGAUUGGAUCCUCGGCGAGGACCACGGAACCGUCUACAAGAAGAGCGGCCUCAAGACGCUCGUCACCCUCCACAAGUCGCUCGGCGAACUGUCGGACCGCUUGAACCAGGACGAGGUGACCAUCAUCACGGCCGUCUUGGACCUCAAGGACAAGCCGGUGUCGGAGGUCAUGACGCCCAUGGACGACGUCUUCACCCUCGCCGAGGACCACAUCCUCGACGAGAAGACCAUGGACAACAUCCUCUCGUCGGGCUACUCGCGCAUACCCAUCUACCGAUCCGGCAACCCGACCGACUUUGUCGGCAUGCUCCUGGUGAAGACGCUCAUCACCUACGACCCCGAGGAUCGCAUCCCCGUCCGCGACGUCCAGCUGGGCGCCAUCGUCGAGACGCGGCCCGAGACGAGCUGCCUCGACAUCAUCAACUUCUUCCAGGAGGGCAAGUCGCACCUCGUGCUCGUCUCCGAGUUCCCCGGCUCGGACCGCGGCGCCCUCGGCGUCGUCACCUUGGAGGACGUCAUCGAGGAGCUCAUCGGGGAGGAGAUUGUCGACGAGUCGGACGUCUACGUCGACGUCCACAAGGCCAUCCGACGCCUGACGCCCGCGCCCCGAGCCUGGCGUCAUCACAGCCACACCGAGACGGCCACGGCGGCCACGGCCGCCGCCGUCGCCGCCAAGGCGAACGGGGACGGUUCCAUCCUCGUCGACGUCGCCGAGCACCCCGACGGCCAAUCCGUCAUCGUCGGCUCCCCGGGUGCGCUCAGCGACUCGGGCAUCCCCGAGACGCACGUCAAGACGGCCAUCUUCAUGAAGCGUCGUGGCUCCGCCGGCCCCGACGGCCAGCCGGACACGGGCGAGCCGAUCCCCUUCAAAGCCUCUCUCGACCAGAUGAAGCAGCAGCUGCGCCUGGGACCGGCGAACCGCGCGGCUCACCCGCGAAGCACGACACGCAACAACGUCUUCAAGAUCAAGCAGGGCCUUGCCGUCCCGACGGUUGUGCCCUCGAGCGGCAACGGCAAGGCGCCGCACAAGCCAUCCCCGGCGACGAAGGCGGCCGACGACAACGAGCAGACGCCCUUGCUGGCCGGGGAGGAGGCCAGCAGGUACGCGGCGCUCGGCGACGGCAGCCGCGCGAAUCCAAACAAAAAUGACGCCAAGGACCACGACGGGGAAGACGAUCGAUAA